GACUCUGUUUACUUGUCACGAACGACUUAGAGAGAGAGAGAGAGAGAGAGAGCAUAGCAGAGCAGAGCAGAGCGGAGAGAGGUCUGAAAGAAAGCAAAAGGAUGAUGAUGAUGAAUUGGGAAAAGCAACAAAACCAACAUCAACAACAACAUCAGCAUCAGCAUCAGCAGCAGCAGCAAGAAGAAGUGAUGAAUAAUGGCGGCGGCGGCAACAACAGCAACAAUAGCAGCAAUGGGGGAAUGUUUGUGAAGGUGAUGACAGACGAGCAAAUGGAGAUCCUUCGCAAGCAAAUCGCUGCUUACGCCACCAUUUGCGAGAACCUCGUCGAAAUGCACAAAUCCCUCACUUCUCAUCCCGAUCUCCUUUCAGGUGCCAGGUUGGGAAAUCUAUACUGUGACCCCUUAGUGACAUCUGUUGGCCACAAAAUUACUGGCAGACAACGGUGGACUCCAACACCUGUACAGCUUCAAAUUCUUGAGCGUAUGUUUGAGCAAGGCAAUGGGACACCAAGCAAGCAGAAGAUCAAGGAGAUAACCACUGAAUUGUCUCAACACGGCCAAAUUUCUGAGACAAAUGUCUAUAAUUGGUUUCAGAACAGGCGGGCUAGAUCAAAAAGGAAGCAGCAGGUUACAGCACCUAACAAUGCUGAAUCCGAAGUGGAGACAGAGGUUGAAUCGCCCAAUGAAAAGAAGACAAUGUCGGAGGAUUUCCAGUCUCAACAUAACUCAGCUCCAAGGGCUGAGGAUUUGUGCUUUCAAAACCCCGAAGUAAGCUCUGGGAUGCAUUCUGUAGAUUCACAGGCCCAAAAAGUGGAGCCCAUGUUUGCAUCGAAUGGCAGUUCAAAACCUGCUAGGAGUUUGGGACAAAUGUCUUUCUAUGAUAGUAUGUUAUCAAAUCCAAGAAUUGACCACUUGAUUGGGAAGAUGGAAGUGUCCGGGAGCUACAAUCCAUAUUUGCAAGCAGACGACUACCACAUGACAAAUUGACAAGUUGAUAGUAUUUUGAAGUGUUGUGAUUUUUGCUUAGCAAAGUAUUGAGUAGGAGUUGAGUAAUGUGUGGAGGAUACUGGUCUAGGUAGCAGUUAAAGCGAAAAUCACUAUUUGCUGUCAAAACAUGGACCGUGCCUAACGAAUUAAAGCUACUUAUAGUUUUGUGAUACUGAUGAAUUUGUUUCGUAGUGUUGAUACUUUUCAGGUGUUUGUAUGAUAAAUUUCUCUUGAUGAGGUUGUAUUUGGUUGAAUAUUGAACUCUAGUAAUGCUUUUGGGAGUCUUGAGCUAAUGAUACUGCUAUUGUAUUACUUGGAGUGGUUUCAAUAUUUUCCUCAGAACUAAAUGUACCCAGUUAUUGUCUAAAAUGUAGCCAAUUAUCAUCUGUUUUCAUA